CGGUUUUGUGCCCUUGACAGACAUGUGUGUUCAGACCCGACUGUGAUGCACAGAAACUGUGUUUCAAAGGAAAACCUCGUUAUAAACUGAGCCACGGUUCAUAAGCAGCUUAAAUCAAGAUGCCUUUACACAAAUAUCCGCCACGCCUGUGGGAAGCCAUGAAGUUACAAAAAGGCAUCUAUUCUCGGUUACCGCAGCACUACCUGAAGGCAAUGCAGGACACAACACCUCAGACUCCAGUGCACUGGAAACCUCUGGGAGUGAAGUAUAGGGCAAACCCAAAAACAGGCCACAGGGAGCGGGUGCAGGAUAUACCCAUCCCAGUAUAUUACCCACCUGAAUCUCAGCAUGGUCUGUGGGGUGGAGAGGGCUGGAUACAAGGCUACAGAUAUGCCAAUAAUGAUAAGCUCUCUGCCAGAGUGAAAAAGACAUGGAAGCCUCAGCUUUUCCAGAAGGAGCUGUACAGUGAAAUCCUCGACCAAAAAUGUAACAUCACAGUCACAGCUCGCACUUUAGAUCUUAUCGAUGCCGCUUAUGGCUUUGACUUCUACAUUCUUAAGACAUCUAAGCAGGACUUAAAUUCAAAGUUUGGGAUGGACCUGAAACGUGCGAUGCUCCUCCGGUUAGCACGGAAAGACACAGAGCUAUACCCAGAAGAUCCAGCUCAAAGGGGGAAGAUCUACAGCAAGUAUAAGCAGUUUGAAAUUCUAGCUGAAGAGGCAGAGUGGGUCGGUUUGACUUUGGAAGAGGCAGUUGAAAAACAGAGAGUCCUGGAGCACAAGGAUCCUGAGCCGCUGUACAAAGGCCUUGUGGAGACCCUGGUUAAGGAACUGGCAGAGCAGAAACUGGUUGAACCACAGAUUGUAAAAAAGGACUGAUGGCAUGGACAUAAAUGUAUUUAUUAAAGACUUUGCUUUCACUUCAUUCUUUUGUAUGAAUGGCAUUUACAAUAUGCCAGUUACCUGUAAAUAUUAAAACAUCCUCA